AUGUCGAGACUUAUCAGCGUCUCUACAGGUGCUGCUGCACCAUACCACAUCUUGAAUGCAACAAUUCAGACAUGGAUAUCUGCCAUUGUCGCAAGGAGCUCGACGAUUGCAGGCAGGAUUGCUGCAAAUCAGGUGCUCAUUGACCUCGGGCUCAUCAACGACGGGAAUCACCGCAUAGGGCCGGUCGAUGAGAAGACAGGCUCCUUUCGGGAUAUAAUGGGAUGCACGGAAUUGACGGCCUUUGACGGGAUCAAGGCUCUCAAUCAAGUGUGGGUGGAUCCAAGACUGCUUUUGGGACCUGUCUACUGUCUCUGGCUCGACGGUGAGAUAUACGACUUGAGACAUGGCGUAGGUGAUGCCCAAGGGGGCUUUCUAGAGCGGAACCACAAUGUUGAGGGUUCCGCCUGUGGGGCGAAUAUUCGCCAUUGUGAAGGGGAAGUAGCCAAUCUCAUCGCUAUCCGCGAUCCCGAGAUGAAGUUUUAUCCCAAGCGACUGUCGUUGAUUGGCGGCCGUUUCAGAUGCACGUCUGGGAUAGGUUUUGAGAAAGGAAAGUCUAUCAGGUCUUUUGUCAGCGAAUCUUCUACAAUUCACAAGAACUAUCAUCUGACAAAGACUACAAUUGGACGCGAGAGACAAAACAAGACACCGAGAGAAAAGGAGAAACAGAGAAAGGCAGAAAGGGAGAAAGAGUAUGGCGCCGGUGGGUUGGCAGAUAAUGCCAGCUACUGGAAGACACCACAAUUAAUCCUCUAUGGAGAACUCAAUCAUCAAGAUCCUUGCUCUGAAGCCUUUGCUGCGUUCAACACCCUCAUUUUUGCAGUCUGUUCAGACUACACUGCUCAUUUCUAG